GUACUUUGACCGCUAGGCGGCAUUGCACCGUAAGGGCGUCCAAUCAGUUUCAGAUCGUGACAUCAUCAUUCAACAUGGCGGGCGGCUUGUCUGAUGAAGAAUUUCAGCGUUUGCAGACCCAGCUUCUGGAACUGAGGACUUCCAACUACCAACUACAGGAACAAUGUCGCAGACAAGACAGAGAACUGGUCAACCUGCGGAGCACCUCAGCCUCUCUGGAGAAGGAGUUACAGAAGGAGAAAGGCAAGCCAUCGUUUAUGCAGAACAUCGGCCAGAAUAUUGGAAAAAGCAAGAAGAAGGAGCUGGAGGGACUGCAGGCAGAGAAUGAAGCCCUGCAGCACCGGCUGGGGAGUCAGGAGGAGGAGUUCCGCCUGCAGAACCAGACUCUCAUGGACGAACUCACAAAGGUGGUGGCAGCCAGUGAAGACCUGGAGAAGAAGAAUGCAGAGCUGAGUAAGCGGCUGGCUGGGGAGGGGGGCGGCUCUGACGGCAGCCCUGAGCUACAGGACGAAGUGCGGAGAUUACGAGCAGAGAACACCGCCUUACAGAAGAAAAUAGAAGCUUCUCAAGAAAAGUUUGACAAGGAAAUGACAUCUUUAAAAGAAACAGUAAGCGCCUUGACAUCAGCUAACGCUGAGCUGGAGACCAGAUGUGUGAAGCUGUCUGGACAGAGAGGUGUGCCUGCAGGAGGUCCAGAGGACAGACUGUCAUCGUCUCUACAUGUCCGUCUGUCACCAGUACCGAAGGGACAUGAGCGAACAGUGGAGGGGAGCUCGAGUCAGGAGGAGAGGGAAGAGGAAGAGGACCAGUCACUGGAGUCUGAGUUGUCCAGACUACUGGACAGAGAAUUGACCAAGUUCUUGUCGGAGCUGCAGACCCCCGGUGGGAGUGACUCCAGCAGCGAUGCAGCCUUACAGGAGAAGCUGGCUAGUCUAAGAGAACAGCUGAUUCCAGAGAUCAAGACCAGUGUGACCAGGGCUGGGCCAGUUAUAGAUGGAGUCUAUGUUCACAGUUCAGGAAGCUCUGUUGUGGACCUUCUCAGACAGACGGAAGAAAAAUGUUCACAGUUAGAAAAGCAAGUAGAAGAAAUGAGCGAUCUCCAAAUAAGGGUUGACACAGAAAGAGAAGAGAAGACAAUACUGAAGGAGCAGAUACAAUCAUUAGAGAAAUCAUAUAUUGAGAAGUUAUCAAAGAUACAAGAUGAAAAUUCUAAGAUAUCAGAAAAAUUGAAAAAGAAGCAGGAAAGCCUUUUGCAGCUACAAGAGGAAAAAGAAAAGAUGUAUUCAGAUAACAGGUCUUCACUUCAAGAACUGAAAUCUUCCAAAGAGGUAGAAGUAAAAGCGAUUAUGGAGCAGAACACCAGACUGCAGGAGGAGGUGACAGCCGCCCAGCAGAGACUACAGGAACUGCAGGAGUGGGGUGCACAGCAGGUGAAGGAACGGGACCUCCAGCUGCAGGAGCUCACAGCAGAGUUGUCUACCAGAAGCACUGAGAGCAAACAACAUGUUCACAACGUGACUACAGAAAAUGAGAACCUGCGGUCAAGUCUUGCAGCUAUGGAACAGAUACAAGGUUCCAGAAAAGAAGAAAUAGAUAAUUUGCAGCGACUGAACAGCAGCCUGACAGGCGACCUCCAGUCCAUGCAGACAGCACACAACCAGCUGGUGCAGGAGCGGGACGACCUGCGCUGUCAGCUGCAGGAGGGACAGCAGGCCAACAGUCGCCUGUUGGAGCAGCUGCAGCAGACAGCUGAGGAACGCGACCAGCAGAUGCAGGCACUCAAUGAAGCAAACAGGCUGGCGGAGAAGAGGAAAGCCCUGCUGGACGAGCUGGCCAUCCAGGUGCAGACGUCCUCCGAGCAGCACCAGGAACAGGUGGCCCAGCUGGAACAGCAACACAAACAGCAGCUGUCACAACAGGAACAGCAGCAUGCUGCCCACCAACAGCAGCAGGCAGAGAUACAGCAGAGGGAGGUUGGAGUGCUGAGAGAACAGCUACAGGAAGAGAAGGGAAAGUCCGAGCAGCUUCAGUCCUGCAGGGAGCAACUUCAGGAGGCGCAGGAAAGUCUGCAGUCCUUGGAAAAUACCAAAGGAUGGUUUGAGCGCCGCCUAGCUGAAGCUGAGGAAUCUAUUGAAGCUGCCAAAAAGGACCAUGAAGAGAAAGAGACGAAACAGGAAGAACUUCACAAACAGGAGAUUCAGAAGUUGGAGUCUCAGCUGGAGAAGCUGCAGGGAUCCCUCCAGGAGCUGCAGGGAACCAAGGAUCAGCUGCAGGAAACCAUCACCAAGCUGCAGCAGGUGGGAAGAUUACAUGGGACAAAGGAUGGCGUGGAUGAGAGAAAAAUUGUGGAGAAGAAAGGCAUGUCUAUGGUGAAGGACCUGAAGCGACAGCUGCACCUGGAGCGGAAACGCUGUGAGAAGCUGCAGGAGCGGCUGCAGCAGAUUCUGUCGGAGAGGAACGGGCAAGCUGUAGGGAUCGAGGACCUGCUCCACUCCAGUGGUCUGGACUCUCCCCAGAAGUGGGACAGCAGCAGCAUGUCCUCACUUAGCGGAGUCCGGGAACCCACUCUGUCUCCCCGCAGCUCCUCACCGCAGCCCUCUGGGCUUGCAGAAGAAACGGCAGACCUGAUUGGCAGGAUCACUGAGCUGCAGCAACAGAACUGGCUUCUGGAAGAAAAGGUCAACCACUUGGAGAGCAACAGUGCAUCUAUGGCAGAGGACCUGAUGAGGAAGAGUGCCAUCAUCCAGACCUAUGUCACAGACAGUAGAACAGAUGCAAGCACGGCAAGCCCAGCGGCGGAGUCCAAGCUGCCGGGAGGACUGAAGAGGAUGGUGGACAUGGUGAAGGGAGAUGAGCUGGAGCAGCUCAGGGACUUCAACAGGAAACUGCAGCGGGCGCUGGAGGAGGAGAUGACCAAGAACAUUAGUAUCUCUAAGGACAUGGAGCUGAUGUCAGAAGAGCUGGUGAGACUCAGUAAGAUUCAGCCUGGAGUAACGAGUCAGCAGCCGCCCACCGAUAGUCAGCAGCCUCCAGCUCCUGCACAGCAAACACCUGCAGCUGGCCAGCAAACGUCUGAACAACAAACAGCAGCUGUACAAUCACAGUAGCCUAUGGCUGAACUUACACAAGCGUUUUUGGAGUGGACUCCAACUCAUCAUCAUCAUCAUAGCUACCCCCAGAUAGCCCCGCAAGGUUAUCUGUUAACUAGAAAGGCCGACAUUUGCUUGAGAGCAAAUACAGCAUAUUUCAGCCAUCUCCCUCCCCAUGCAACAAUAGGCUAUUUCAAAAUCACCCAUUUGAAAAAUCACUUUUACUAAUGACGGUUUAACCCA